AUGGCGCGCCCCGCCCACGCCGUCGUCGCGGCGGUCCUGACCGUCGUCCUCGCGCUGGCGUCCGGCGCGGCGUCGCAGGCGCCGGCGGCGGGGCCGGCGGGGCCGGCGGGGGACUGCGGCUCCGCGCUGACGGGCCUCGCCGGCUGCCUCCCCUACAUCUCGCCGGGGGCCGCGCAGGGCAAGCCGCCCAAGGAGUGCUGCGCCGGCGUCAAGGCCGCGCUCGCCAGCCCCGCCAGCGUCGCCUGCCUCUGCGACGCCUUCGGCAAGGACUACGGCAUCCCCAUGAACCUCACCCGCGCCAAGGGCCUCCCCGCCGCCUGCGGCGGCAACCCGGCCGCCCUCAGCAACUGCAGCCUGAAACUGCCCGGCGGAGCCCCUAACGGCGCCCCUACUGAAGCACCUACACCAACUUCUGGAUCAACCCCAGCAACCAUCAGCCCAAGCCCAGCGAAAUCGGCAGCGACCAGGUCUCCCGUCUCGGCGGCAACCCUCCUCCUAGCCGCGGUGUUGGCGCCUCUGCUCUCCUACUACUACCUCUGA